AGCAGGAUGCGUCACUAAUUAUCAGAUUUACAACCCCACCAUAUAAGGGAUGAUAUGGGUGCUGGCAGGGGGAGUUCUGUUGCUAUGGUACUUUAUAGUCCGGUACUAUCUUAAAGGGACUUCCUCUUCCUACAUUCUCAGUAACCUGUGUCCUUCGCCUGACUGUGUUAGUUGCAGUGGUAGUCUUAAAUCUCUUUACUCUUCCGAUGUUGGACCUAAGUUAAAGAAGAUGUACGGAAAGUACGAUUCACUGGCAGUUCACAAGAUUGAGGAGCGUCUGACGUUUGAUAUGUCGGCAAUGACGGAAAAGCGGCGCCCAACUGUCUGCUACCUCCGUGAUAUGUGCAGUGACCCCUGGCACAAUCACAAACAGAAGUAUUUACAGGAUACCCUGUUAGAUUCCUAUAGUGCAAUAAAGUCAGAAGUAGCUAAUAUCAUAUCAGAACAAGAAUUGUGGAGCGUGUCUGAUAUGCAGUCUGGUGGAAGUUGGCAGAAACUGUUCCUUCACAAUCAGGGUAGAAAGAUAGAACGAAAUUGUAAAGGAAUGCCGAGAACAACGGCUCUAAUUGAAGGGUUAGACACAUUCAUGUCAGGGGUGAUAUUCGGAAACGCUUACAUCUCCAUCUUAAACGAGCAGAGUGUCAUAGAACCCCACUGCGGACCAACUAAUCUCAGAGUCAGAUGUCACAUGGGUCUUCAGAUACCGCAAGGUGACUGCAGUCUCACAGUAAAUGGGAAACAAGAACAUUGGGCUAACCAGGAAUGUAUAAUGUUCGACGAUUCUUUCCUGCACAGCUCUUCUAAUAAUACAGAUUCUCAGAGAAUAGUUCUUAUUGUUGACCUGUGGCACCCUAAUCUCACUAUAGCAGAGAUUAAGAUAUUCGGAGAGCUGUUUGCUGUUAGACAUUGAUCUCUUGUUCAUUCGGAGAAGUUAAAAUGAAGUUAUAAUUUCUUGUAACGUUGAUCGGUUUGGCAGAAAAGAAGGUUCUUGUCAGUUUGGCAUAAUUGGAGUUAAAAACGUUAUGUGACUGCCGCCCAAUUCUACUCAUAUCUUUUAAUAGGUUUAAUAAAUUUGAUUGCAUGAUUAAUUUGAUCGCAUGAUUAAAUUUACCAAAAUUAAUCCCAUAAUAUACCUUUUAAAAACACACGACAUUCUUAUAUUUUAAUUACAGUGUUUUGAAUCUGAUCAGCAAAAUUUUUUCUUUCACAUUAUUAUAUAUACAGUUUGUUACAAUAUAUACAUAUUGUUUUUUCAAUUUUGAAAAGAUUUUCAAUAAUAAAAAAAGGACGAAUAAUAUUAUUAAAACUUGUUUAAGGAAUUAAGAGGAGUAAAAUUCCAAGAUUCAGAAAUGAGUAUUGUACUGUGACUAGCAAUUUAUUCAUUUCAGAUUUGUUGUAAGUUGUAUUUCGUUAAAUCUUCAGCUGUUUAUAAGAAUUUGUCGUGCUAUGUAAUGUGAAAAUGUACAAAGUUUUUAAUAAUUGGCAUU